ACGCUUUGUUUGAGCUUUUGGUCCCAGGUGCUAGCCGGGAACAAAGAGUUGAAGGAUUCAAACCCAGAGAAAUAAAGUACUCUGAAGACUGAUUUAAAGGGAAAUUUGUUGAAACUAUUAAUCAUGGAACAUACAGGAAAUUAAUUUCAAAUGAUGUCAUAAAAAUAGCACAUGAAAGAAGUACAAAUGUAACAUAAUUUCUAUAAAUAGAAAAGAAUAUUUAUGCUGACACUUGUGUAAGUUAUAAGCUGAAAACAAACCAGGUGGCCAGUCUGUUGGGUAAAAGUUCUUAAAUACUGGAUAAUAAGACCCAAAGAAACAAAGAUCUUCUUGUGUUCACAGGUGCAAACUUCAUGGUGUUAAGUGUUGAAGGAAUAUGACCUGAACUGAUCAAAGUUUGAAAAGGAAUACCCGAAGCCCUGCAAGUCGUAUUAAAGCACAGGCACUGCCAGUGCAUGUCAAGGCUCUGCUUCCAGGACCGUGAAAGGAUGCCAAGCCAUUCUGCUUUCAAUUACGUAUGAGGUGACCAUUCAGAUGCCAGAGCGCAUGAUCAGCAUACGAGGAGAAUGAAGUACAGCAUGCAGUACACAAGCAAAAUGCCCAAAGAAGCAAAACACAGAUCAGGAGCUACACACAGCUGGCAAGCGUGGGCCAUCUACAUACUCUUAGCUGCAAACCUCUCUGAACAGCAAGCGCUGAAGCAGGUUUGUCCUUCAUGCGAUGAUGCUCAGCUUUGCAACUGCUCUGCCAUGGGCUUGGACUUCAUUCCCCCAGGGCUCACCGCCAAACUCACGAAGUUAAACCUGGCCCACAACAGGAUAAAGCACAUCCGAUCCCAGGACCUGCAGCAGGCUGUGAACCUGAGAGCCCUGCUGCUGCAGUCCAACAAAAUCAGCUCCAUAGAUGAAGACUCGUUUCAGUCCCUGGCAAAACUGGAGCUCUUGGACUUAUCAAAUAACAGCUUGACUCACUUGUCCCCUGGGUGGUUUGAGCACCUUUUUUCACUUCAGCACCUCCACCUUCAAGGCAAUUUUUACAGAGACCUGGGAGAAAGCUCUCCCUUUUCUGGUCUGAGGAACCUGAGCUCUCUGCGCCUGGGCAACCCACGGUUCUCUGUGAUAAGGCAAGGGAACUUUGAAGGCAUUGAGUUUGUCAACCAGCUGUGGAUUGAUGGUGGUAAUCUCAGUCAGUAUGAGCAGGGAAGUUUGAAAUUGAUUAAGCAGAUAAAUCACAUGAUCAUAAACCUAAGAAAUAGUGAUGUAUUCUCAGAAAUUGUUAGGGAUCUUCUGCACUCUGUUACUUGGCUAGAAGUAAGAGAAAUCAAAUUAGCAGUUGAAACAAAAAGCUUGGUGCAGAACUCUACACGUCCUUUUAGGAUGAAAAAACUUACGUGUAAAGAUGCUUUCUUCACAGAUCAGUCUGUUAGCCGAAUAUUGGUAUUAUUGAAGGAAAUCACCUCUUUACGAGAGUUAGAGGCAAUUGAUUGUGUGCUUGAGGGGAAGGGUCUAUGGGACACUAAAGAAAUAACAAGGAGCGGGCAAAGUUUUGUUGAAACAGUAUCAAUAAUAAAUUUAAUGAUUCAGAAUUUUUAUCUGUUUUUUGACCUGGAAGGUAUGGAGUCACAAAUAAACAAACUGAAAAGGCUCACUAUUGAAAGCUCUAAAGUUUUCAUGGUACCAUGCAAGCUUGCAAGACAUUUUUCAUCCCUUGUGUAUCUAGACUUUAAUGAUAAUUUGCUUGUAAAUAAUCGUUUAGAUGAGACUAUCUGUGAAGGUGCCUGGUCUUCACUGCAAACUUUAAAUCUAAGUCAAAAUUCUUUAAGAUCUCUGAAACAGACUGCAACAUACAUAUCUCGUCUACCCAAACUGAAUAAUCUUGACAUUAGCCAAAAUAAUUUUGGUGAGAUUCCAGAUGCAUGUGACUGGCCAAAAAACCUGCACUAUUUAAACCUCUCCAGCACUCAAAUUCCUAAAGUAACAGCCUGCAUUCCCCAAACGCUGGAAGUUUUGGAUAUUAGUGCUAACAACCUGAAGGAGUUUGGACUGCAGCUCCCACAUCUGAAAGAGCUGUACCUCACAAAAAACCAGCUGAUGACCCUGCCUGGUGCUGCCCCCAUUCCAAACGUAGCGGUCAUGUCAGUCAGGAGAAACAAGCUCAACAGCUUCUCCAAGGAAGAGUUUGAGUCCUUCAAGAGAAUGGAGCUACUGGAUGCCAGCGACAACAACUUCAUCUGCUCCUGUGAAUUCCUCUCCUUCAUCCACCACGAGGCUGGGAUAUCCCAGGUGCUGGUGGGGUGGCCGGACAAGUACGUCUGUGACUCUCCGCUGGCGGUGAGAGGGGCCCAGGUUGGAGCAGUGCACCUCUCCGUGAUGGAGUGCCACAGGUCCCUGGUGGUGUCAUUGAUCUGCAUCCUGGUGUUCCUGGUCAUCCUCAUCCUUGUGGCUGUUGGCUACAAGUACCACGUGGUGUGGUACCUGAGGAUGACCUGGGCGUGGCUGCAAGCCAAGCGCAAGCCCAAGCGAGCCCCGCCAAAGGACAUCUGCUAUGAUGCUUUUGUCUCCUACAGUGAGAACGACUCCAACUGGGUGGAAAACAUAAUGGUGCGGGAGCUGGAGCAGGCCUGCCCUCCCUUUCGGCUCUGCCUCCAUAAGCGGGACUUUGUGCCUGGCAAGUGGAUUGUGGACAACAUCAUUGACUCCAUUGAGAAGAGCCACAAAACGCUCUUUGUGCUGUCCGAGCACUUUGUGCAGAGCGAGUGGUGCAAAUACGAGCUGGAUUUCUCGCAUUUCCGCCUCUUUGACGAGAACAACGAUGCGGCGAUUCUUGUCCUCCUGGAGCCCAUCCAGAGCAAAACAAUUCCCAAGAGGUUCUGCAAGCUGCGGAAGAUCAUGAACACAAAGACCUACCUGGAGUGGCCUCUUGGUGAAGAGCAGCAGCAGAUGUUUUGGUUUAAUUUGAAAAUGGCUCUAAAAUCCUAGACCGAUAGAAUAUAUAGUAAAUAUACUUUGGAAUUUCUUCCCUUGCUCUUUUAUCUCAUCAGUUAUCUGCAUCUCAAGAACAGAGAGUUGAGCCACUGCAAAUUCUAACACUUACUGUGAGAUUAUUUUCUUUUUGUAGCCAUGGUUCUGAAUUGUUUUACUGGUUUGUGCUGGACUAGAGUUAAUCUUCUUCAUGGUUCCUUCUAUGGUGCUGUGGUUUGUAUUUGUCACCAAAACAGCCUUCACAGCACAGGGGCAUUUUAGUUAUUGCUCAACAGUGCUUGUACAGCAUCAAAGUCUUUUCUGUUUCUCAUGCUGUGUCGCCAGCAAGUAGGCUGGGGGUGCAUCAUAAUUUGGGAAGGGACACAGCUGGGACAGCUGAUCCCAGCUGACCAAAGGGAUGUCCCACACUAUAAUGUCAAACCCCAUGACUUCAUGCUUAGCAAUAAAAGUUGUGGGGAAGAAAGAAUAAGGGAGGGUAUUUGGAAUUAUUGUGUUUGCCUUCCCAAGUAACUGUUCUGUGUGAUGGAGUCCUGCUUUCAUGGCAAUGGCUAAAGAUUUCCCUGCUGAUAGGAAGUAGCAAAUUAAUUCCUUGUUCUGCUUUGCUUGUGAGAGAGCUUGUGUGAGAACAACUUUUGCUUUACCUACUGAACUGUCUUCAUCUCAACCCAUGAGUUGUCUCACUUUUACCCUUCAGAUUGUCUUCCCUGUUCCACUGUAGGGAGAAUGAGUGAGUGGGCUGUGUGGUGCUGAGCUGCCUUCUUGAGAAGAUUACUGGGACAAGGGCCAUAAUUUCUGGAAAAGUUGAAUAAAUGGGAGACUGUGGCACCAGGCUCAACCUUCAGAGAUGACUUAAAAAGAAAGGGGUGCCUUGGUGAUUCUUGCCUUGCAGCCACAAGAAAUUUCUGAUGAACCCUAAUAGCUUGAAUGUCGUGGGCCAGAGGGACAAUUACCUGCUGUAUCAGUUCAGGCUUAGUCACAGCGUAGGACAUUUCCAGGCAUGUACAGAAGCAAAUCUUAAAAGCCUUCAAAUGGAAACACCUAAAACACGUGGCUGCAUCUGUGAUGAGAUCAUGUCCAAGUUAGUGUUUUUACUGCUGUGUUUUGAUCUUGAGCAUCUAAUGUGGUACAAAAACUCUGUUCAAACACCUCAAUAUUUGUAACUGAGUUGGGUGCAUUGGAAGUUUCCUCUCACAGCUGGUUACCUGUCGUAUUACUGCUUUUAGAAAGUUUUCUGCACAGCCAAAGUGUCAGUGAGAGCAGAAGUACCACUGUUUUUUGCUAGCUGUUGAGAAGGCUGAGGAUACACAUGCUUCUGUUACACCCACAAUUAGGCAACUUCAACAGUGCAACAAAAAUUAACGGCUUAUUUACUUGCAUUUUUUCAUUUAUGAAUACAGGCAUAACACAUUAUAAGAAUUAAUAACUUUGUUAUUUCAUCUAAGCUAACAAAGCCACUUUCUUUCUAUGUACUCAAGAUUCAUUCUUUCUUUCAUUUAUCUUGGGUUUUUUAAGUGCAUCAUUUCCUAUUUUUAGCAUCUAAACCUUACCUUCAUCUGCAGAUGGCUUCACACAAGCUCUGCUUUCAUCUCAUAUAUAUGUUAAAGUCUAAGUUAAGCUAGUGUGAAUCUCUGAUUUCUAAUGACAGUGUAAAGAUUCUUAAAAUACUGUCCAUGUUUAAUUUGAGUUCAAAAGCUACUUCUGCUAGUAUCUCAUUUAUUCUAAGAAAUAACUCUAUUUUUUUUCCUUGCACAAGCUUACACUUAAAAGCAUAAAUUUCUUUUAAUUCUUACUUUGAGAAAAUAUGUUUUCAUAGCACGCUGUACAGCCUUGCUGUAAUGCAAAAAGAGGCACUGUCCUGCAAAAGGGUUUCUAGCACACCAGAGUUCCACUAAUUGCUAUUUUCUGUAGUCUUUUAAAAUUAAGUACAGAAUAUGCACAGUAUUGUAGACAGAUAAAUAUCCAACACUUUAAAUUCUCACUAAUUAUCUGAGUCCUAUUUUAGAAGCAGUGAGUAAUUAAUGCCUUGGAUGAUGCCUAUAACAAUCAAUUGCCAAACCACCAAAUAGCAGAGCCAGUCCAGAAGUUUUCCAUAUAAUACUUAUAUGUUCCCACAUAAUCUGUCAACAAAGGAAACUGGAGAGAAAAUCCAACAAUAGGUAAAUCCUGGUAUUUUUCUCAGUCAGAAUCAAACAAAAAAUAUUGGGUUAAAUUUUUGAAACAUCCUUUUUUUCUUUUUUCCAGCUCUCAUAAUUUACUUCCUUUUUUAUAGAGGUAAGGUUAAAAUUAAAUGUCCUCCUCACAUAUGACUAAAAUAGGCUCCAAAAAUAUAAGCCAAACUUUACUUCUACUCAAGCAAGUUUCUACAGACACAGCAGUGGAUCUUCAACUAUUGUUUUAUUUGCUGAAGGAAAGAUGUUGUUUAGUAACUGCGAAGAGAAGGUAAAAAAGCACUUGUUCUGAAAAUCAAAUAUAUGACUGUUGUUACUUUGUAACAGAGAGAAAUCUACUGCAUGGCCUUUGUAAAACUGAAAUUUAUGUUCUUUAAAGUAUUCCUCUCAUUAUAAAAAUUAUUUCUGGAUGUCUUAAAAUCAAGAAGGAAAAUAUAUAUGCAUUUUUUUUCCUAGCUUGCUUGGUGUCCUAGAUAAGAUAAAGGCAAACAGAACUAUGACAUUCCCUAAAUAUAAUUGUUUCUUAAUAAUAAUUGGUUUUCCAUUCAUUUAAUGUGGCCAUCUCAUCCCUC